AUUCUUUACUCGCAGUCUCGGAAAGGAAAGCAGUGGUUUUUAAUUGUGAAGGAGUUGUUCUGUCUUUAAAGUAAAAAUGAGGGAAAUCGUGCACCUUCAGGCUGGACAGUGUGGAAACCAGAUCGGCGCUAAGUUCUGGGAGGUGAUCAGUGACGAGCAUGGCAUUGACCCAACUGGCACAUACCAUGGGGACAGUGACCUUCAGCUUGACAGGAUCAAUGUCUACUACAAUGAAGCCUCAGGUGGUAAAUACGUGCCCCGUGCAGUUCUGGUGGACUUGGAGCCAGGGACCAUGGACUCUGUGAGAUCCGGACCCUUUGGCCAGAUCUUCAGACCAGACAACUUCGUGUUCGGCCAGAGUGGUGCUGGAAACAACUGGGCCAAGGGCCACUACACAGAGGGAGCUGAGCUGGUGGACUCAGUCCUGGAUGUUGUGAGGAAGGAGGCUGAGAGCUGUGACUGCCUGCAGGGCUUCCAGCUGACCCACUCCCUGGGAGGAGGCACUGGCUCCGGCAUGGGCACCCUGCUCAUCAGCAAGAUCCGCGAAGAGUACCCCGACCGCAUCAUGAACACAUUUAGCGUGGUGCCCUCCCCGAAAGUAUCAGACACUGUGGUAGAGCCUUACAACGCCACCCUCUCGGUCCACCAGCUCGUAGAGAACACAGACGAGACCUUCUGCAUUGACAACGAGGCCCUCUACGACAUCUGCUUCCGUACUCUCAAACUCACAACUCCAUCCUACGGCGACCUCAACCACCUGGUAUCGGCCACAAUGAGCGGCGUCACCACGUGCCUGCGAUUCCCCGGCCAACUGAACGCCGACCUCCGCAAACUGGCCGUCAACAUGGUGCCAUUCCCCCGUCUCCACUUCUUCAUGCCCGGCUUCGCCCCCCUCACCAGCAGAGGGAGCCAGCAGUACCGUUCCCUCACCGUACCCGAGCUCACCCAACAGAUGUUCGAUGCCAAGAACAUGAUGGCCGCCUGCGACCCCCGCCACGGUCGCUACCUCACCGUGGCUGCCAUCUUCCGCGGGCGCAUGUCCAUGAAGGAGGUGGAUGAGCAGAUGCUGAACGUGCAGAACAAGAACAGCAGCUACUUUGUGGAGUGGAUCCCCAACAACGUGAAGACCGCUGUCUGUGACAUUCCUCCCCGUGGCCUCAAGAUGGCCGCCACCUUCAUCGGCAACAGCACAGCCAUCCAAGAGCUGUUCAAGCGCAUCUCCGAGCAGUUCACCGCCAUGUUCCGGCGUAAGGCCUUCCUCCACUGGUACACCGGAGAGGGUAUGGACGAGAUGGAGUUCACCGAGGCGGAGAGCAACAUGAACGACCUGGUGUCCGAGUACCAGCAGUACCAGGAUGCCACAGCAGAGGAGGAGGGCGAGUUUGAAGAGGAGGGAGAGGAGGAGCUGGCUUAAAUGUGUAGUUGUGCUUUCCGAGCUGUAAUUCACUGACAUGUCAGUGUCAACCUUUCCAGUGUUCCAUUAUCUGUCCUUUUUGUUUUGUCACCUCUGCUAUUCCUGUCUUUUUUUUUUUUUUUUUUUUGUCUGUACAGAAACGUCAAUAAAAUGUCUUUUGUUUAAA